ACUCAUCUCUAUGAUUUGGGAUGCUUAUUGGAAGUGAAUUAACCAGCCCCUUUGAACUCUCGAUUUCUGCCGUGGAUGGUUGGAGGUGGAGUGUAAUCAAGCAGCUACGUGCUUGAGGGGAAGGAGAGUAAUCAGGCAGCUACAGCUACGUGCCUUGAGGGGAAGGAAAGUAAUCAAGCAGGAAGUGGCGGAGUGGAUCAAGCGGGAGGUGGAGGAAUGCCACGUGGCUUGAAUGGGGGGAGAGUAAUCAAGGAGAAAGAGGUGGAGGGGAGCUAUCAGCAAUUUAUGCAAAGAGAUCUGACAUGGGCUCUUUGGGCUCCAAAGAACAAAUUAUUUUAGUGAUUUGGGUUUUGAGAGAGUGGACUCUUUCUUUUUAAAUUAGGCCCACAAGAAAUAAAUCCUUUUAUUUCUACUAUACUUUAUUUCUUGAAUUUAAAUCAUAAAAUUUAGCAAUUAAUACUUUAGUGGUAUGCUAAUUUCUAAACAUAAAUUACGACUCUUAUCGAUUUAUCGUAAACAUCUAAUACUCCUUUUAUUGUUAAUAAGGAAUGAAGAUUAAACGAAAAAAUUCAGAUACCCAUUCGACCUCCUUUCAAGAUCAACUAAACAAGACCCGGGAUGUUACAUUCGUGGGAUGUCGGGGUGAAGUUUGUACGGGCCAGUGACAACAUAUGGGCAAGAAUACUCCAGAAAACUCCUUUCGUCGGGGCAUAUUACCACCGUGAUGACCCCUAUUUCUCAAAGCUCGCUUGCUUGUUCGGGUUAGGUGAAGUGAAGAAGGAAGAGGAUGCAGAAGUUGUACUCAUAUCUGACGGGACGGAGAAAGUAUCCACUGAUGAGCCAAGAUGUUAUGAGAUUACUGGGUGCGACGCAGAGGUGACAUUGCCGACUGUUUUCCCACCACGUACGGUCCGUCUAAAGCUAUUUCUGGAGGAUGGCGAACCCCCUAUGGAUCUCGAAUUAACAAAUAAAGUUGGCAUUUGUUUCAUUGACUUGAAUGCCAACGGGAAGUUGCACACUAGGUUUGAGAAGCGUAGGGACUUGCCCAUUGUCCCCGACGGGAAGAAAGACAAGGCUGGCCCGUCAAGGUUUCACCAAACACGAGUUCGUGUGCGUCAAACACGCCUAAGCAGCAGUGGCCUUAUAUUUACAAAAAACCAAGAGUGUAGAUCGGGUAGAAUGGAUAUUGUUCAUUAGCUAUGCGAUGUUGGUAUGAUAUAUGUCGUUGAUUUUUUGAA